AUGCCUUCCCUCGACUUCGUCGUCAUUAAAGCCGGCAUCGUCGCUGCCAUCGUCAAUUUCUGGUGGCAGUUCGUCGGCGCCAUCGCCCUCCUCCUCCUCCUGGGCUAUGGACUGUGCAGGUUCUGCAUCUACAUAAAGCGGCAACAACCGCGCGUCGUCCAGUCAGUGGGGACGGUCAUCCACCAGAAGACAUGCCAUGUCCCACCUCCCGGUACGAAAUGA